CCGGGGCCUUUGCAAGGAGCUGUGCAGUGUGCGCAGCCUGCACAGUGCAGGUCCAUCGCCAUUUUAAUUACUGCCGUCUUGUCAUUUGACAUUCACCUUGAAAGUUCCGUGUUGAGGAGGGCGCCCUUGUCCUGUCUAGCUAAGCCAGGGGCGCCCCCUGCCCUUAGGUAGAUUGUCCAGGGUGGCUUCCUCGUCUGCAUCCUCCCCCAGACUAUCUUAUUGUGGUUGAGUCAGCAGCAACAUGGUUGCGGCGGUUCUCAAGGCCAGCGCCGUGGGGGCAUGGGUCAGCUCUUUUGGCAUCCCCUCCGGUCACUCUAGUCGAUGCAGCACCUGGGUGUCGCAGCUGGCCUUCGAGCCGGCAAGAACCAGGCGUGUUGACAAUGUCGCCAUCCGCUGCGCCCAGAGGUGGCCUCUGGCGCCGUCAGAUUCUGGGCUGAGCGGCAGCUUUAGAGGUGACAGACUGGGGUGGAAGGUCGUUGUACCCGAGAAAAGCACGCGGACGAGGACUGUCAGGGUUUCUGCUUCUUCGCAGGACGACGCGAAUCUGCCAGAUCCUUUUGACGGCAUUGACCUGGACCCCGGCGUCUUCAAAGAGCAGACGUUCCAGAAAGUCAAGGCGCAGUACAACCAGCCGCUGAACCUGGACGACUUCCUGGGCGACGAGGCCCUUAUGGCCGAGCGCGAGGGACAGCAAGUCUUGGGGAAGCUGGUCCACGAGCGUUUCGAGGUGCAGGAACUAGUAGCGGAGGGCGGGCCUGUCCAGAUUUGGAACUGGAUGAAGCGCGCACAGGGCAUGCUCGGGGCCCUGGCCCUGACUGUUGUCAUGCUGAUGCAUAUGCCGGGACCACCGAAGCCGCCCGUGAUGCGGGAUCUGGCGCCCCACAGGAGGGCCGUCAAGGCCGCGGCGCCCCGCCGAGGCAGGAAUGCUGCGCUGCGAGGCACUCCUCUGAAUGAACAUGUCUCCCCCAUGGAAUUGUUCCCCCAAGCCAUCAUCGCCUGCAUGGUAUUAGCCACGAUGACUCACCUCCUCAAAAACGCCGGCCAGCAGACCCCGAGGCUCGUGCAAAAGGAGCCGAAGAUGGCCACGGGCAUGACUGCUUUCCACCUGCAUCUUGGCAUCUCGGGCUUCGCUUGCUCCCUCCGCUACGACUUGGACGAAGUUGGCAGUCAGCUGGACGAUUGGGGCCACGUGCAGCGGCCUGAAACUCUCAAGACGAUCGCGCGUGUCCUGAUGAGGCACUUGGAGCACAUUGUGUAUGCGGGCAACCAAGUCAUGCCCUCCAAGCAUCCGUUUGCGUACCAGACUUUCAUCAACAACUGGGAGCAUGCGGAUGCAUCGCACAUUCGGCUGGCGCCCACGAAAGAGAUGCUGCAGAACGUCGGCAAGGACUACGGGCGCAAAGUUGAGGAGCAGAAGAGGAUGUUGAUUGACAGCUACAAGGCAGGCUACACCGUGGUGACGCUCUCCGGUGCAGUGCGGGGACGACUGUCUUUGCCGCAGGUGAACAACUCGCUGAACUUGCACGACCUUCUUGCGACCCUGGAGGUCCUCGACCCCGCGAAUGUAAAGCAAUUGAAGUUGAGCUGGAAGCCUACUUCCGGCGAGACGCUGCCCGAAGAGACGAUGCUCACGUACUUCCCCCAUAUGACGCUUCUUGCGGAGCCCGCGGCAAUUGUCUGAUUGGCACAAGAAACAUCGGUGCAAGAAUGGUACACUUCUUUCAGGGUAAGGAAUCUAGGACGGGGAACUGAAUGGUGAACAGCUCUUUGAGUUGCACAGCUCUUCGAGAGCUGUUUUAAUCGCGGGUGGGCAGGUCGAGUCUCAGUCUAGUCGGACUGUGGAUUCCUUGUUUUAUAUAGAUAAGCCUGGUGGUUGGAUCCUUUAUGAGGUUAAGGAUCCGUACAAACAUACUGCGCUAGGAGAGUUGGGGAGGGGUGAAGUUGUAAUGGCAAUGUACAUUAAGUCUGUUAGGCCGUUUUGAUUGGAUGUUGUGCAGACUGUGAAGCUUUUGAUCACAUGUGGCAUGCUUUUGUCUAGCCAUCAGAAUCCGUUGACAGAUCGUUGCGACGAGGCGUCCUGCUGUCCCGGUGC